ACUUGCCUUGGCCCCCACCCCAGGGCCCCGGAGGUGUGCAGAGCCUCGGGGAAGAAGGUAGCGACCCCCAGCCCGCAGGCCGUGCCCCCUGCAGCCUGCUGGGGAGCGGGGACCGCGGGCAGAGGCCCAGGGUGCUCCCCCUCGGCACCUCCUGGGCACUCGUGCCCUCAGCAGACGGUGAUAGAGAGUGUGGUCCCUGCUUGCUUCAGGCCGGGGGCCCCUGGGCCAGCAGCUUCCCCACCAGCUGGAACUGGUUAGGAAUGCGGGUUCCUGGGACCCAGACCUGCUGACUCUGAAAGUUUGCGGGUGGGCCCCAGAACUCCACUCUGACCAGGGAUUCUGAUGCUUGUCCCGCUGUGAUGCCCCUGCCUCGGAGGCCCCCUGGGUCCCGGCGUCUUCCUGCUGCAAGUGGGAAGAGGAGGACGGAGUCCACGUCUUAUCUCCUCCCUAGUCUCUGCCCCCUGCCUCUCGCCGGGUCCUCCAGGGACGAUGUCUCCACAUGUCGUGCCCCUGUCACCGUGAACCAGCCUGAGUGCUCAGGGGUGCGCCGUGCCCUGGCAGCGAGCACCCAGGAGGCCUCCUGUCCAGGCUCCUCACGCCGGGUGCAGGGCCUGCGGGGACGACCGGGGGCAGAGCCAGACCUGCGGGCGUCUGGGUGGAGUUCCUGUUCCCACAGCUGUCCUCACGGUCGAGGAGGCAGGGGCCUGCCGAGUGGGACAGCCAGACUCCCCCUCCCCGUGGGCGACCCCCGCCCUCACCUGAGCUGGGCAGGGGAGGGGAGCGGGCGGAUGGGACGGGCUUGGUGGCGGCUCAGGCCUGAUGACAGCUUCCGGCUUCCGCACAGGGUGCUUUUUCAGGCGGGAACGGUUGUGCUUAUUGCGGUUGUUUUCCCAGGAUCCCGGAGUGAGGCCGCCGGCUCUGUGGUGAGCAGCAUUCCGCUAAGCCUGUGCGCGGCUUCCUGCGGAGGCUCUGACGCCGUUAGUGAGAAGAACCUGGGACAAACCCCACGAUGCUGCUCAGGAAAUCAGCGAGACCAUCCGGAGGAAAAGAGACGUAGAGUUACAUCCAGAGAACGAGUUGCUGGACCGCUCCCUGCAGAAAAACUGGGAAGAGUAAGACCAGGAACACACGUGGAAGAAGAAGAAAGAGAUGAUAAAGUAAAGCCUGGUCACCUCCAGGAAGCAGAUGGCAGGCAGAUAACGCCGAGGCAAAUGAACCCAAUUCCCGGUCUGCCGGACCCAAUUACCGGACUGCCUGACGCCAGCGAUGCCGGUUUUGAAAUAAGGCAAGAAGAAGAAGAAUGCAGGACUUUUACCACUUUGCUCUUUACUAUGACUCCCUGGACUGCGGUGGCCGCCCGAGGGGCGGGGACGCCAGCCGGGGCCUCCAGGCGUGUGUGGGCAUCUUGUCUGCAGCCAGCGUCCCCGAGGCCGCGCUCGGCCCAUAAUCACUCAGUGAAGCUGCGCCGCGACAGCGCGGCUGACUUUUUCUGGCACUGUGAGGACCUGUGCGCAUUGCAGGAUUCGGUGCCUCUGCCCGCCGUGCGCGCCUCCCUGCGGGAGGGCCUGCUGGACUUCAACGCUGACCGCCUCCGCGGGGUGGACUGGGCGCCGCCCCUGAGAACCCUCUGCCCCCGAUCUGUAUCCAGAGCUUCUUCCAGCCACGGCUUGGCGAGACGGGAUCUGGGGUUCUAGCCAUGUGUUACCUCUUCUGCAAGGACAGUUCAACUCAUCCCCUGGUGAAGAGAAGUCAGAUUAUUCUUUGCAUCCCAUUCAGGUGUUCAGACAGAAAUAAAGUUUCCAGAAGUUGUGUUCCUGCAAUAAGAAAUAAAGAUGUGACCUUCCAGUUGUGUAAAGCUCUUAAAUGCUGUGUAAGUGCAUCCGGUGCGCUAAGGAACUUGGAGCUAGAUGGGCUAGUUCUGAGAGAGAGAGACUAAACUACAUUAACAAAGCUCGAGAGAGGCUAUAUUCAUCUGUGUUGAUCACUGCUGUGUUUCCUGAACAUGCCUAUGAAAGAUACUGAAGAAUGGUGCCUGAAAUUUGGACAAACCCCACGAUGCUGCUCAGGAAAUCAGCGAGACCAUCCGGAGGAAAAGAGACGUAGAGUUACAUCCAGAGAACGAGUUGCUGGACCGCUCCCUGCAGAAAAACUGGGAAGAGUAAGACCAGGAACACACGUGGAAGAAGAAGAAAGAGAUGAUAAAGUAAAGCCUGGUCACCUCCAGGUUUGUCACUUCCACCUUAAUCUCAGAACCCAUUUGGUUUUAGGAAGGGGGGUCAGGGUGUGGGGAGCGUGUAGGAACAGAAUGACUUUCACUAAUGAUCAAAAUGACCUUGGAUUUAGCUAAAAUGCUCUUCAAACUCAUUUUUCUGCUGGUUCUCUAUGUGGAAGGUGUGUUACGUGGCUCUGGUGAUAGUAAAUCAGCGGUAGGCCUGGAAGUCAGCUGGACCUCUGCUACUUGAUCACUCAGUCACAGAGCUUCAGUCUGUCCCCUCUCCUGCCUGCGUCUCCUGCCCAUGAGGUCUUUGUGAAGGUCUCAUUUCCAAACACAUGAGGUGCUAAAGUGCUCUAGUAUCGUCCAGGUAUAAAGUUGCAUUCUUAACUGAGAUCAGACCAGUUCUUUCCCCAGACCUCGAGCUCCUUUGUAAAAUCAGAGUUUCAGGUUCUAUGAAAUACAGAUAUACCCACUGAACCCCCAUGGGAGGGGGGGGAGGAGAAGGGAUUGGGGAUCUGAUACUGGAAGCUUUACAAUUAGACAGCACUGCCCCAUAUGACAAAGGGCUGACAUUGGUCGGGCACAGGUGGUAGAACAAUAUCACAUCCCUUUUGGUUUUAUUAAGACGUUGAUUAGAAGUUUCAGCUCAGCAGAGGGGCAGCACCCGGGGCAGGCACUGGGCCUCCACCAUCGAUGGAUCCUCCCCUCCAGCACCCAGGCUAGGUACUCAGUUACCCGCAACCCAAAGGGCAGGAACAGAGAUCUGCCAGGCUGGCCUUCCCAGAGGGCAAGUGUAAGCAGCAGAGCCAGGAAUGUGAGCGACAGGCUUUGCUGGGUUGUUGGGAAGGAGGGCGACGUCUGGCUCGGCACGGCUGGAGUCAGCGCUAGCCUCCCCUCGGACACGUGCACUGGGCCCCCUGGUCUCAGGCGCACACAGGCCUCCAAAGCCCUUCCGUCGGGAUGGCGCUCAGACCCUCCACCCAGCCCACCCUCCCGCCCCAAACACCAGCAGGUCAAGCACCACUCAGAGAAGGGGGCCUUUAAAGGGCUUUAGAAAAUCUUAGAAUCCGGAUAUGGAAGCUACUAUGUUUCACUUCUGGCUGAGAGCUCUGCUCCCAGAGCACAGGAUGGCCGAGGGGGGCGAGAUGGGAGGGUCUCGCUGUGACCCCGAGGCACUGCUGGCCUUUUCAGCCACAUGCCUGCCUUCCUUGGAAAUACAUUUCAUUAACAGCCAAAGGGAACACCCUGAGAAACAGGAGGAAUUAUUGGUUCCUUGCAACCCUUAGCAACAGUGAGUUUUCACCACCGUCUAUUUCGUCUGCUCUCUGCAAUGCGCUGGAACUUUCCUUUGGGCUAAAUGUGCCUCAGCUGUCCACGGCACCCUACACACUUGGCCUCUCCGCCUGACCCGGGAGUGCCCUGGGCCCCAGGGACAGGGUCCCUCCUUCCUGACGACCCCCUCGUGGGAGUGCUGAGGCCAGUCAGCCCCCAGCUCUGGGGGCUCAGCGUCCCCUAGGAAGUGACUGCGAGUCAAGCUCCCCAGCGACCCCCUCCGCCCUGGUCUCCCUCCCGCCAGGGCCGCUUCGUGCGCGGUGCCGGUCGCCCCUCCUCAGGGGGGAGGAGACCCGGGCCGACUCCGCUCCACUGACCUGCCGCUGCCCGUCCGGGACGUGGCCGAACAGCCGGUAGGUGUCAGGGAAGCCCCGAGGGCGGGCGCCCUCCCGCCCCCUCGUGACACGGUGCUGCUCCGGGUGGAGCCCGCGGCCCGGGUGGCAAGAGGCGCGACGGGGGUGGGAAGGAGAUGGGGCCACGGGAAGCCCGGGCCGGGGCGCAGAGGCAGGAGGCGGCGAGGGGGACCGGCCCAGCCGCGAAGCCUCUGCCUCCACCCCGCCCAGGACCGAGCGGUCCUUAGACCUCCCUGCCGGCCCCUGGGCUCGGGGUGGGUGACGGUCGCGCCGAAGAAGCCGUCCCGCUCGAGCCGUCCAGAGAGGCCGGCCCAGGGGUUGUGCCUGUUCCCGGCGUGGGGGCGAGCGAGCGCCAGGGCAUGAGGGUGUGGAGCCGUCUGGCCGCAGGUCACAGGCUUUGCCUGUCGGAAAGGAGGGCUGCGAUGGGGCUGUGCCGACGGAAGGGGAGGAUGGAGCCGCCCACAGUCCCCGUUUGCCAGGCAGAGCUUCAUUGCGGACCCCGUUCUCCGCAGCCGUGCGCAGCAGAGACACCCAGGCCUGGCGACUCUGCACCCCACCCAGGGCAGCUGGGUUCCUGCGCGGCAGCCCCGGCAUCUCCUGCUGAGAAACCCCAGAGACCGUGCUCCUUUCCCCGAGCCCACCGCAGCGCUGCAGAGCCCAAGGGGGCUGGGGCUUCACCCCAAACUUGAGGAAGCCACACCUGGGGGCCGCAGCACAAGCGGGGCUCCCACCUUCCCCGCAGGAGCAGACCCCGCGGAGGGUCUAUCUUUUGGAAGUAAAUUUAGACUAACAGGUUUUACACACAGAAUCUUAGAGCUGGGAAAAGUCCUUUGUGUCAUUCAUGUAGCUUCAUAAGAUUUUUUUUAAAUGAGAGGAUGGAUUUCCUUGAGCAAGAGUGAAUUUCCAGGAAUGGGUCCCUGGAUACCAAAGACUGUUUUGGGGAAGAAAGAUGAAUCUAUAAUGUGAACGCCUUAUAGAACUUAUUCUAUAUUGUAGUUCUGUCUGGAAACACAUGUACCGUUGAUCUUUGUAGCAGCCCUUAACAUCCUCAAGAGAAGCUCUCAUUUCCCCAUUAGUACUUGUUAUAGACUGAAUAUUUGGGUCCCCCCAGCGUUCACAUGUUGACACCCUACCUCCAAUGUGAUGGUAUUAGAAGGUGGGUCUUUUGGGAGGUGAUUAGGAUUUGAUGAGGUCAUCAGGAUGGAGCCCUCAUGAUGAGAUUCUUACCCUUGUGAGAGUCAUGAGAGAGCUGGCUUUUUCUCUCUGCUCUCUGCCCUGUGAGGACACAAUGAGAAGUGGACAGUCUGCAACCCGGAAGAGAAUCCUCACCAGAAGGCGAUGAUCCCGGCACCUAGAUCUCAGACUUUCAGCCUCCAGGACUGAGAAAAUACAUUUUUGUUGUUUACAAGCCCCCACCCCGCCCCGUUUGUGGUACUUUGUGACAGCAGCCCAAACUGACUUAGCACUCUUUUCUUCAAGUAAAUGGAAGAGUUUGUGGAGCCCAUCCAUUUUACGAUACAAUUUCCCAAAUAACCAAGAUUCUCCCUGUACACUCUGAUUUGUCAACUUUUUUAUUUAUCAAAAUUGUUAUAAAAAGUUUCCAUAUUUUUUCCUAAUAAAUUGUUUCCAAUCCAUGUUGCCACUAUAA